AUGUGGUCCAUCUAUUUGGCCCCCAAUCAAGGGCUUAAUCUAUAUGAGAGGACCGCCAAGCUGGAGGCUACUUUGACUCAGUUUAUGCAGGUUUCUCUGUUAAAUCAUAAGAGCACUGAGUCCACUAUCAGGAAUCUAGAGAGAGAAAAGAGAGAUGAGGGAGUAUUGGAGGAUGUAAGUAAUGAGGAAGGAGAGAAAAAUAAGAGUGACGAGAGAGGUGACGAGGUCUUGCCUAUUAAGACCAAAAUUCAGUUAGCUAGGGAGGCUAGAAAAGAGAUACCCUCGAUCCCAGUGAAAGACAUCCUCUAUCGCUUGGUGCCUUCAAAGAAAGAGAAUGAGCAAUAUUUUGCUCGAUUUCUUGACAUCUUCAAUAAGCUAAAGAUCACCAUUCCCUUUAGAGAGGCCUUACAACAGAUGCCUUUGUAUACCAAAUUUCUGAUGGACCACCUCACAAAGAAAGGGAAAUAUAUCAACGAUGAGAGCAUCGUGGUAGAAGGAAAUUGCAGUGUUGUGAUCCAUAGAAUUUUACCACAGAAAUUCAAAGACCCAGGGAAUGUAACCAUCCCAUGCUCUAUUAGGGAUGUGUCAAUGGGUAAAGCUCUCAUUGAUCUAAGGGCAAGCAUCAAUUUGAUGCCCCUCUCUAUGUGCUGGAGAAUCAGAAAUCUGAAGGUUGCUUCUACUAGAAUGACACUUCAACUAGCAGACCGCUCCAUUAUUAUACCAUAUGGUGUAGUUGAAGAUGUCCUGGUUAAAGUUUGCUAA